CUCAAAAUUCUCAAGUUACAUCUAAUCGUAAAAGAUCUGAAGAUCAGCCUGAGCUUAUGUCGUCCCCGCCUAAAAAAAAGAAAAAAACACUUCCAUUUGUGUGGCUUUUAACUGAAAAGGAAACUGAAGAAAUAAAGCGAAAAAAAGAGGCAGUGGCUCAAAAAAAAAGAAGUAGGGUCCAAAGAAAAGAAGCGGCAGCCAAAAAAAAGAA